AUGGCUGAGAGCACUGAACAGUGGCGAAAAAAACUGAUAAUAAAGCUUUACUUACCUGCAUCUGAAAAGCGUGAAGAAGGAACGUGUGAAAAGCCAAAGCCAAAAUGUAGCACUGAAUAUUCUUCAAGAGUAAUAUCAAAAGUAUGUGAACUGAAGAAUAAGAAGGGUUAUUAUGCGGCGGCAAUAUGGGUUAAUGCUGAAAACCCAUCAUCAUCAUCAAGAAGCGAGUGUAAUGAGAAGGAGGCUGUGGAUAAUGUUAACAAAAGAGAGUUCAAGAAUGAGAAGGAGGGUGUGGAUAAUGUUAAUAAAAGAGAGUUCAAGAAUGAGAAGGAGUGUAUGCUUAAGGGUAACACUAACAAGAGAGAUCGUCUUGACUUUGAGAAGAAGAAUAAGGAAAAAAGUGUGUGUAAACGGAACAAGAGUCACAUAGUGAUGAUGGAUCAUCGCAGGAAGAUGCAAUGUUGGGUGAUAUUGAAGCGGUUGAUGGUAGGAAGAGAUGCAUGGGCUUUGAAACAACCUCUUCUUGAUAAUAAAUCAAGAUCAAGGAAGGAAAAAAUAUUAAUGGGUUUGGAAGAUAUUGAGUGCAAUUUGCAAAAAUUCAAGUACUCAAAAGUUGAGGAGUUUGCAAAUGAUAUAAGGCUUGUCUUCUCUUAUGCAUUGCAAUACCCUCUAAGGAGUGAGGUUCACAAAACUGCAAGGAGGAUGAAGGAUACUUUUGAACUGACAUGGAAGAAUUUCAAUCACAAGUGGGUGCUGCAUCAGGAUUAG